CCCACCGAGAGCACAUUUGGUUUCCCCACCGGCUCUCACCAGGCCACUUCCCGUGCGUCCAGCUCCGUGUUCUGCUCUCUGACUUUCCCCAGGGGGAGGCUCGUGAGAAAGAAGCGGUCUGGGUCUGGAACCGCACCUCCGGGCGGCCCAGCUCACAAGGGCCGAAGUUUUGGCUGCUAAGUCGGGGUUCUCUCCCACUCCCGGGGAGGCCUGAAGAGCAAGCGGCCCGCGUGGAAGAUGGGCAGUGAGGACAGCAAACAUAAGCAUGAGAAGAAGUUUUAAAACUACGGAUCCCAAAACCCAGCAAGGCAGCACCGGCAGUCCUCACUGCUGUGACAGAGAAAGCAGUUGCAUCUGACCAACGGGAAGCUAAUUUUGUGGGACGAGGGAUACCCCUAGCCCUUCCAGAACCAUCGCCCGGAGGAGCCCGCUGACUGGCCAGGGACAGGCUUCCCAGCUGGCGACGAUGCAGGGGAACAAGAAGGGCACCGACGGCUUCAGCGACACCUCGAGCAUCGGCAGCGUGCUGGACGACGCCGACAGGGAGGUGAGCAGCCUCACAGACCGGGCCUUCCGGAGCUUGUGCGUCUCAGAAGACACGUCCUUCAGUGACUCCGACCUGGCCCUGUCCCCAGACGCCACCCGCCAGGUGUUUGGGAACUUCCACCCGGGAACGGUGAGCCACGCCCGCAGGAAGAGUGGCAUUUGGAGCCAGUUGCCGUCGCAAGGCACGGAGCAUGCCGGCUGGGCAGCCACGUUCCAACAGCUCCCCAAAUACGUUCAGGGAGAGGAAGAGUACCCCAAAAGCAGCCCCCCACUGACACCGGCCCAGAGGAGACUGGAGGUGCCCAUUUCUGGCCUGAGGAGCAGCAGCAAGCCAAUUUCCAAAGUGUCCUCACUGAUUAAAUCUUUCGACAGGCCUGAGAGCCAGCAAUGCGAGGGCAGGCCUCCGACCAACAAGCCUCCAACUAUCAAAACCACCCCCAAAUUCGCUCCUCUUCCAGAAAGUGGGGUCAACUUCUGCUUUGAUUCUGCCUUUCUGACGGUCAGGAGGGUGCCCGCGGAAGUCUCCGGCACGCAGCCCGGCAGGAAGCACGCGGAGCAGGAGGCCCCCAGGAGCCCUGAAGCGGCCUGUCAGGGCUCCAGCAGCCUCCUCCCAACACCCGAAAGCGGGGCCAACUCAUCGGAGCCCACGUUCUCCUCCCCACCCCACAGACCGGCCCUGGGGGAGCCGGGGAGGAGCCAGGAGUGGGCUCGCAAAGGCACCUUCCUUCACAGCGAAAACAGUGCUUUUGAGUCAUGGAGCAGCCGCCAGCCACGGCUGCUGGAGCGGAGGGAGCCUGCUGAGGCCGCCCCUGAAAACAAGCCCCCCAAACCUUAUGAGGAGCCGCCCUUGUUAAGAGAGUCCCAAGCCCCUGAGAGCAAAGCCUCCCCCUGCCAACCCCGGGCCAGCUGUGGGCGAGAAGAGAACAGGCCGACCACGGGCACUCUCUCCACAUCUGGACCCUGGAGGUGUAGGGACCCGGGAGCUCAGGUGUUCCCCACGGAGGAAAAGGCUCCCAGCUCGCAGCCGGGCCUCCAGGCGAAGGCCACCCAGCCCCCGUGGCGGAAACCAAAGACUCGAAAAGGCGGCAAAGAAAGCGUGCAGGAUGCUUCGGGAGAGAGGCAGGCCGGCCGGCCAGGCCCAGCCUUGUACACAAAGCACCACCCCCAGGAGCAGUUUCCAGAAAGUGAUGCUCUUGACAGUGUGGACCCCGGUGACUGCUACAACCCUCCUUUCAACAUCAGCAAGCUGCUGACCCCCAUCAUACCCACCAAGCACGUCCUGGAUCCGUCCCACAGCCCACCCGCGGAGGGCACCCCCCCACCCCCAGGGCAGCUAAACGGGUACCAAGAGGAGCCCAGCGAGUCCCGGGACAGCUACAAAGCCAGAGCCCCCAGCCUGCUGUUCAACCUCAAGGACGUGCGCAAGCGUGUUAAGAGCACAUACAGCCCCUCACCUCUCGUAAGAGGGCCCGAGGAGAAAAGCAGAAGCAAGCAGGAGCCCCUGAGCAAUGGCGUUGUCCUUCCCAAUGGGCUGGAGGAGAGCCCCCCACAGGAGCUUCGUAAGGAGAGACCAGCGGACACACCUUCUCUGUCGCACGUCAGUGCCCAGAGCGACCCUACGGCUGAUCCUGGUGCAACCUCCGCGGACAACUACCUGACGCCUGGCUCACCUCCAGCCGCCGCCACAGCCCCCUUCUGUGUCAACGGGGAGGCUGCCGACCAGAGCGGCUAUGAGGACGCCACCCACGGAGAGUCCGGUGUGGGCGCCGCCAGGCGCAGCUGGUCUCCGGACGCCCGGGAGCGCUGCCCCAGGAAGCACCUGGCCCUGAAGCUCUGCAGCAGCGGGGAGCCCGAGGCGGGGCGGGCGGCGCAGCAUCUGCGGGCCCCCAGCCUGGAGAACCGGUUCUCCAGAUCCGUGUCUGCAGAGACAGAACCCGAGAGAGAGGCGGGACUUCGGGAUCCGAACCUCAACCAGAAAGUCUCCCCGGGGCCCCUUUCUCCCGAGGAGGAAGAUGUGUUUUACAGCGACAGCCAGUCUGACUCUGUGCCAGGCCUCAAAGGCAAGGCCAAGUUCAGCACCAGCUCUUCAGAUCAGUCGUUUGCCUCGUUCGAGGAUCAGCAGAAGACGAGUCCCGCGGAGAGCCCGCGGGAAGACGGGAGGAAUGAGGGCAGUGCAGGUGACAGAGAGAAGGAGAAUGGGCUGGAUGAGCCCCAGCACAGCGCCCCUGGUAACGGGCCCACGUGCGCGGAGCAGCAGAGCGGGAGGGAACCGUGGCGAGCGGCAGGGGAAAGUGUGAGUGGAGAGAGGCCCAGGAAGGCGUCGAGGGAGGAGGCUGACUUCAGAGGCGCUUGGAUCGGGGCCAGUAAGGACACAGCCCUUUCACCAUCGUCCACGCCCAACAGGCACAGGCUGUUCGCAAUCAAAGACAACACCCUGCGGGCCACCCCCGUGAUAAGGCCCAUCAUGCUGCCCCUGCUGAGGGCCUUGUCCUCCGACGACCCGCUGGGCGGCGGCCACAAAGAGGAGGACGUGCCGAGGCCGGGCUGGGGCGAGGAUGCCGGCCUUCGGGCCCCCAAGAGCCAGGAAAUGCCCAGCACCCCAACACCCACUGGCAUGAGGGGGCCCCCCUUCAAGCAUGUGGCCCACAAAGGAAUGGAGGACCAAGGCUGGGCGUCCGGUGUGGCCAGGAGGGAGGCCCAGGGGAAUGUCUCGUCUGUCCCUCUCGCAGGAGAGGGUGAGGGGCUGAAGCCACCCCCGGACGCCGUGUGGAAGGUUGUGGUUAAUGAGGGCAGGCGCUAUUCCACAGACCAGGGCGGGGCGGAGGCUCCAAGGGGCAUCCCCACAAUUGCUUUGCCCGAAAGUGACUUACAAGGCCAGCCACCCCCACAGCAACUCAGAACCUCCUGGGAAGAGCAGACCCAAGAUUUCAAAAGUCACUUUUUGUCUACACCCCGAGCAGGGCCCCCGGGCAGGAGACUGGCUUCUGGCGAGCCCACGGCUUCCCCCAACAGCAGCUUGCUGGAGGGCAGCAGCACGCACUCCCCUGCCGCCAGCAGCCUGUGGGACGAUGCUUCUCAGGGCCCCUGUGAGCUGGGCCUGGUGCCGGGGGAGCCUUCCGGCCCGGGGGAGCCUUCCGGCCCCAGCCCCUGGGCCACCCCCAGCCCUGCCAGGGUGGCCCGGAGGGAGGACCUGACGCACGCCUUCACGUGGGAGGCCAGCACCGACCCCCAGCUGGAGCCGUCGGCAGAAGAUCUCAGGACACUCUCUCCAGGAGGCUCGUUGCUGGACGUGGCCUCCGGCUCGGCCGUCCUCCCUGAGAAAGCACAGCCUUCUGCUCACCUAGAAAGGGCGGCGGCCAAGCCACCGGCGGUCCCGCCCAAGACAGAAAAGGCCCUGCGGAGGGCAAAGAAGCUGGCCAGCAAGAGGAGGAAGACUGACCAGAUGCAGGACAUGCCGGGCGGCGCCCGGGAGGAAAAGCCACCCCUGGAGGACGCGGCGCCCAGGCCCUCGUCCCCCGGAGAGAGGCUGCUGCCCAGGUGCCCCGCCGUCCGCGCCCUGCCCCCUCCCGUGCACCGCCACUCGGUGGCCACCUUCUCAGAGCCUGACAAGAGGCUAUCAGGGGGGCCCCAGUCCCUCAGGCCCCUGCUCCCUUACCCUGCCACCCAGAAGGUCCUCCAAGACCCCCAGUCUGGGGAGUACUUCGUCUUCGAUCUGCCGCUUCAGGUGAAAAUGAAGACCUUCUAUGACCCAGAGACAGGCAAAUAUGUCAAGGUCCCCAUCCCAUCCUCUGAGGAGGGCUCCCCGGAGCCACUCCCGCCGGAUGUGUUUGCUGCCCCGUACGUGCUGUACCCUGGCAUCCGGCCCCUGUCCGCCAUGGCUUUGAUGCCACUGCGCUGCUCCUCUCAGCUGUCUGCCCCCACCUUCCUCGAGGGCCCUGGCGCCUCAGAGGCAGCCCGUCCCGCACCCCCCAGCACCUAUAGCGCUGACCUACAGCCAGCCCCCCGGCCUCCUGGUGACCCCGCCCAGCACACUGCAGGUCCGGGCUCCCGGGCGCCCCCAGGGACCCCAGGGGAGGGCGCAGUAGACGCUCCAAGCCUGGGUAUCAUCUCCAUCAACGAUCUAGAGGACUUUGCCACAGAGGGCAUUUCCUGAGAAUUACAGCAGACAACACCCUCUGCCCCCCAUAAACUCCAAAGAGUUUAUUUCCCUCCCCCAGACACACCCCCCCACACACACACACACACACUCUCACUCACCACAUGCCUAGCCACUUGAGGUCCUUAAGGUCUCAGAGAAAAUGGGAUUCUGAAAACACCCACCUACAGGGCAUCUGCUCGCUCCCUGGGAGGCCGCUGCUGGCCUGACCUGGCCCCUCUGAACCCCUUUCUGGACCCCAGACCCGCUCCCCUUCUUUCCUCUUCCUUCCUUCCUCUGGGUCCUUCUCCCCUGGCCUCAGGGCUGUUCUCUCUGCACCAGAUCCCCUCCUUCUCAAGGGCAGGCUGAGGCCACCCCCAGGUCAGCCAGCUCAGCUGGGAUGGAAAUGGCUGAGGGCCCCGAGGCAGCCUUGCAGAAAUGUUCAUUUGCAUAGAAUGGGUUUUCGUAACUGAGGACGCUUUCCUCUGAACGCUGUUUUCUGAUAAAGAAAAGGCUGCCUUUCACAGCAUGGAGCAGGUCUGUGGUGUGGUCUGUCUGGAACUCCUGUCUCUUCUGGGGGCCUGAGGGGUCUCAGCUGGUGAGUAGGAAAGGGCCACCUGCCCUCCAGCCCUCCCAUUGCCGCCUGUGGGCCGGCAGGGUCUUCCCUGGGACAGAGCAGCAGCCCAGGGCGCCCUGCCAGCCUGUGUCCAAGCUUCCUGGGCCAGGGCUCCACUAGUGUGGGUGGCAAAGACAAGAACCCAAGACCACCAUUGUGGGUGGCCUGGCACCUGAGUCAGGUCCUGACUGUCUGGUGCUGAGCUCUGUGCGCUCAAGGGGAUGGUCUCUGGGCCUGGAGGGGAGCAGCUGAAUGCACUCAGGGGAGCAGAGCCCCAACCACCUCUCAGCUUGGAGAGCAGGCGGUCUGCGAGGAGAUGCCCACAGGGCACCUCUCUGGGAGGGGCCAGGCCAGUCCUUAGGGCCCCUGCUGGGGGCUCCCACUGAAGCCCUUCAUUCCUGUGAUGUGGGAAAGACGGGACAAAGGCGCCUCCCUCCUAGAUGGCAGCUGUGGAGGCACCACACAGUGUGUGUCCUUGGGUUUGCUUGGGGCAGUGGUUAACCGCGGCUCGCGAGCCACAUGCGGCUCUUUGGCCCCUUGAGUGUGGCUCUUGCACAAAAUACCACGUGCGGGCACGCACGUACAGUGCGAUUGAAACUUCGUGGCCCAUGCACAGA